GUAAAAUCAAUACCGGCGUUAUUAUGCGACGUGAAUUGCGGUUUUGCUGGCAGGUAGAUUUCUGGGUAAUACAGCAAUAAACUGAGCCGACACUAAUUAACGUAUCACUGGGAAAUCGUACACCCGGAAGUAUCUGUACCUGUUAAUAAAAUCACGCUAGUGUCGAUAUCGUAUAACUGCAGUUUGCAAUUUUAUUUCAUAUAUUGUACCGGCAGCGAAAUGUUUUAUUCGCUGCGUAUACAGAUACAGAGUUUGCUCAUAUUCCAGUUUUAUCUGAAAGCGGUACUGCGGUGCUGGUUAUUUUGUUUUCUAACUUAUUCAUCAAAAUUUCACUUAGAUUUUCUUGAUGCGUUUUAUUUUUUAUUAACGAAUUUUUAAAGUAAUUUAUGAUGGCUAGUAAACCAUUCUGGUUUUAUCGAAAUUACAUAAUUAAACGCAUUCCAAUUUUAUCUGAACAAUGGUGUUCGAAAUUUUUUUUUAACUUACUGAUGUAGAAACCGUCAUUAUGGCUUGGUGAAAUUUAUUUUCUUCAUUCAUGAACCUUGAAAAUAGUUUAUUCUGGCUGGGAUUAUUUCUCUGAAAGCGACGUUUGAGACUUUAUUUCUUGCAAAACUUAAUUCAUUUAGUAUAUUUCGUUAUUAUAUAUCGUUGUUACAUAUUUCGUUUAGUAUAUUUCGUUAUAAAUUUUACAUAAUUUUUUAUAUUGAAUACUGUAUAAAGCUUUAAAAAAUGCCGGUAAACAGUGAUGACAAAUCCAACGAGAAAAUCCCGAUAAUUCCCAAACGCACAGUCCGUUUUACCCAGUCCAUUCCGCUGUGCACAAUUGACCCGCCCUCCCUGACGUCCACAUCCACCGGACUAACCGCCAUCCUAUCGCCAGCACUGCCGGCUGACCAGAAGCGUCUGCAGCUAGCCCGCGUGCUGAUGCUGCAGCGCGAUACGGAUGAGAGCCGGCGCGCACACUUCUGCCACACAGUGACCCGCUGGUGUCUGGGCCUGCUGUUGGCGGUGGUAUUCGCCGCUUUUGUUUUGUCCCUCUUUUCGCCACUGAUCGCGAAACACCGGGAUCUGCUGGGUCUAUCGGCUGCCGAGGUAUAUCAGAUAAAUGUCAUGGACUUAACGCACGAUUAUCAUUCCGAAUACGGACUGCACUGCAACGAAACCGGCUGCGUUGUGCCGGAGCAUUUUCCUUGGGAGACAUUUAUCCAUCGGAGAAAACGCACAACAACCGAUAACUUUCCCCUCGGAUGUACCGAUCUAAAGGUCACGGAUAUCUGGAACGCCACCUUUGCUAGACUCCUCACGGAAUCAACCAUCCGGAUGCUGGAUGUCAACGGUGACGGGAUCGAUGACGUCAUUUCCGGGUUUGCAACAGGUGGUGAUGGGUACAACGUACCGGCUGUCAUCUGUGAUAUCUACUUUGACGGACAGCAUCCGUGUUUCGGCGGUGUCAUGGCGCUGGAUGGGCGGGACGGGACGCUGCUGUGGCAGGCCAACACGGAACAUGAAGUGUUCGCGUUAAAUUGCAAUGCGGAUUUGAACGGGGAUGGCGCGAAGGACUGUGUUGCAGGAGGAAGAGCUGGGGUGCUGCUGGCAAUUGAUUCCCGGAACGGAUCUCGCCUCUGGACCUUCCCGGUCUUAAGCACGGAUCUUGCUAAUUUUUACACAGCUCAAGUUCUCGCCGACACUGAUCGGGACAACGUCCCGGAUUUAUUAGUAAGCCAUGGUGGCGACCCGCUGCGAGCUCCUAACCAACCCGUCACCAAACCGGGACUGCUGUACAUCCUAUCGGGCAGAACCGGGAACAUUCUUCAACAGGUAUCGAUGCCGGACGGUGGCGAGACGUACUGCUCUCCACAAAUCUACCAGCCAACAGAAGGCGAGACCCGUGUUCUCUUCGGCACCGGUGGAGAAACGCACGGCGGUCAUCUGUACAUGAUCGAGAUGAAGUACCUUUUAGCCGGUCGCAUGGACCGGGUCGUGUCCAUUCUUUCCGAUCCCCAUAAAGGCUUCAUGGUUCCGGCGGUACUGGUGGAUAUUAAUAACGAUUUUGUGGUGGAUAUCGUGAUUGCCAUGUUUAAUUCGACGGUGGUGGCAAUUGAUGGUGGCAGUUUGAAGAUUAUUUGGCGGUAUACUACGCUGAAUGGGGAGACGUAUAGCACGCCGGCGGCGGGGUAUUACAACGAGGAUAACGUUCCGGAUUUCUUUAUUAAGUACUCGGUUGGUGCCGGUUAUCCAGUGUAUUAUUACGCCGAAUCCACAAUUUUGGAUGGACGCACUGGCAAACCGUUACUCUCUUCGCCCAUCCGCGAUGUAAUUGGCUCGCAGUCCUCGCCGCUUACCGUCUCCAUCCAAGGCGAUACCGACUGGUUCCUGUACUGGCAGUCGGACUGCGCCAACACUUCCCAAUCUCCGUCGACCUUUAAUUUCGCCACGGGAACCAAGGUCCACCAGCAAAGCCGGGCGGACUUUUGCCGACUGCGUUUCAACAGCCAUGGCUACACCCGGAUGUACGCCAUUAACCGUCACACCGGGGCACCGGGAAUCGUGGUCUACGAUUCACGGACCGUGGAGGACCUGGAACGCAGAGGAAUUAUUGAUACGGUGGCCAUUGGGCAGCGGUUCCUGCAAACGCAUCCCGAUUGGGUGCCGGAGAAGCCGCGACCUCGUCGACAUGUGGGUGCGCAUGAUGAAGCCGGGAUCCAGCGGCUGAUCUCCACGGGAAGCUUGGCAGAAGGAGUUCCUGGUCAGAUUGAUUUGGUGUUUGCGACGUACGUGUUCUAUCCGACGAAAACUCGGGUGGUUCUGGCGCAGGAUGAAGAAUGUGUUCGACAGAAGGUUGCUGUGUUAAAAACUGAGAUUGACGCAAAGACACAAAUGCGGCUGGAAGCGGAAUGCGUAAACGCGAGACUGGGUGUGCCAGUGGAGGAAGCUGAGAGCUAUCGGGAUUUAUUUGAACUGAAAAUGGGUGCAAUGACUGUGUAUCGUAAACGAUUACAGUGUUAUCCUAACGGUCAAAUUUUACCAGCUGCGAAGCAGUCGUGGUCCGCUUACAUGGGCACAACGGGAAGUGGUGACUUUUUGCGAAAAUCUGUGAAUAAAUAAAGUACCGAGCAUUUUAUACGAGGAAUCAUAAGCAAGUACAGCAAAGUCUCGCAGUGGAUUACUGAUGGGAAAACCAUUUUUUUGUUAUCCGGCGUUAGUUAUCGAAAGAGGGAAUGCCCGCGUGCUUAA